AUGGCAAGGAAAUGGCAAAGACUAGCAGCUGCAGGCAGAAGGAGAAUUUCUUGGCCAAGGCCAAGACCAGUGGCCGAGAAAGGUCACUUUGUUGUUUACACAAGUGAUAAAAAACGGUUUAUGAUUCCUUUGGCAUAUCUUGACAGCGAAAUUUUCAGAGAGCUCUUCAGAAUAGCCGAAGAAGAAUUUGGAGUGUCAAGUUCAGGACCAAUCAUGCUGCCUUGUGAUUCAAUUUUCAUGGAGUAUGCGAUCUCUAUGAUCCAAAGACAUGUAGCUGAGGACUUAGAGAAGGCAUUGAUCAUGUCCUUAGCUAAUUGCAGAUACUCAUCAUUGUCGCAUGAGAAUCAAGAACAUAUUAGUCAACAAUUGCUUAUCUGCAGUUUCUAG